AUGAGUUCCAUCUCGCAGCUUGACGGCACUUGCUCGGCCACAGGUUGCAACUCCGAUGGCCCUUCGGACGAGCCGUGCGACCAGUGCACAGCUGCUGUGCAGGCGCAGCCAUCAAUCAGCACCCCCGAAGAUAAGGCCGUCGUCGAGACCAAUCUUGAGUCUCCGAACGAGCCUGAGCCUCUUCCCACAAAGGUCGGAGGUAUCCCUGACGAGCCCGCGGCCAAGAAGCUCAAGACCAUAGCGAAGCAGUUUAUGUUGAAGAAGACAAACUAUUUUGGAACCUCUUGA